GCGGCUUGAUAAGAUUCUCUUCUGCCGUAUCGGCGGGCAACAACGCAGUACUGCCUCAAGACAAGACAAGACAAGACCUUUGGCAUUUGUCCAGAAGAUUCAGAUUAUCCUUCGAUCUGGAACAGGCAGUGUAACCAUGACCAGAACGUCUUUCGACAAGGCCCGCAAGGCCAUCGCCAAGAAGAAGGGCCCUGUCGAGGCCCUCCACCAGUAUUCCAGAGACUCGAAGCGCCUCCACCGUGCCCAGGUCCGCGAUGUGCGGCUCGAGAAGCUCGCCGCCACCCGCCGCAAGACCGACAGGCCGCAUGUCGAGCGGGCCACUUACUUCCAGGAGGCCGUACGCCAGAACGAGGGCAAGCCUCUCGACAGUCAGACCAUCCAUGAGCUGAUCAAAGGUUUUGUCCAUCAAUACGAUGAAGAGUUGGCCGAGCUCAAACAGGCUCGGCGGCCCGGUCGGCCACCCAGCACUCGCGAAGAUCUACUCAAGGUCAAGAUCACCAGCCUCGAGAAGGAGUACAAGAACGGGUUUCUGCUGCCCGUCAUCGAUGAUGAGACCAAUGUAACCAUGUUUGAGCGAUGGGACGGCAACUGGGCUUUCUUGACACAAAUGAAGUGGGUGCGAAUCUCAGAAGAGGGCAAGGUCCAGCCAUCGAGUUUCCCGCCCAAAGGCGAGCAUUAAGACAGGGAGCACGACGAACGUCAUGACAGUACUCCGAUUUGCCUGCGCCGAAUGUAUGGCCCGGUCGCUCUCCCCUUUGUCUUACCAGGACAAGCACUUCGAUAUCGGCUC